CCUUAACGAAGAGACAGGAGGCAAAGUUGGAGGUGGUGGAGUUGAGGAUGUUAAGGUUUGCGAUGGGAGGUUGGACAGGAUAAGGAACGAGCACAUCAGAGGGACGGCACAUGUGGAGAGCUUGGGAAUUAAACUAAGAGAGAUGAGACUGAGAUGGUCUGGGCACAUCCUGAGAAGAGAUGCAGAGCAUGUUGAGGAUGGAGCUGCCAGGCACACGAAAACGAGGAAGGCCAAAGAGGAGAUACAUGGAUGUGGUGAAGGAGGACAUGAAAGUAGUAGAGAAGGAUGCGGAAGACAGGGAGCAAUGGAGACAAAAGAUCAGCUGUGGCGAGCCCUAAUCGGGAGCAGCCAAAAGAAGCUAUUUUUGAGAGUUAAAAUUGACCGCAAAGUUGGGAUUCGAGCUGAGCCAGCCAGCCCUGAGUGCGUGACAUCACAGCGGUAACCGGUUUUAAAGGUCAUAGGCAAAGGUCGGAGGUGAAACGUAGAAUAUCAACUUUGUCUAGAAGAACGACCCAAAAAGCGAAUUCAAUCUUCCUAGUGUCUAAUUUGCACCCUAAAAUUGAAUAAAACGGUUAAAAUAUUCUGUUUUGCUCAAUUUCUGAAGGUUUGUUGACAUGUCACUUAUGUGCACUUUCACCGCCAGGGGACCGUCGUCGUGACGUCAUUUAAGCCAAACAGACUGGGAGCAGUUCUGUGUUUACUUGCGAACCGAGCACACGUGUACGGACUUUAGUCGUGAGAGGUUGUGUAAAAUGUCUGAUAGGGAUUUUGAAGUAGGAACUCUCCAAAUUGAAUAUCGAGAGGUGAAACCAUAGAUGUAUGAACCUAUGGCCGUUGUGAAGCAAUCGGUGAAUGUGGCUCACUGGCUUGACCGUGCGGCCUCGGAAUCGGACAGCGACUCGGCCGGCUCUGAUCGCGGUGAACCCGGACCUCAACAAGACUCGCGCCCAAACGAUUUAUCCUGGAUCCCAGCUGAAUGCACAGCUGGAGGGCUGGUUAUCUCAAGCACAAGCUACAUUAGGACCUGCUAGAGCAAUUAUAGCACCACAUGCUGGUUAUACCUACUGCGGUGCUUGCGCAGCACAUGCCUACAAGCAAGUGGACCCUUCUAUUACCCGGAGGGUAUUUAUUCUUGGACCGUCCCACCAUGUGCCCCUGUCUCGAUGUGCUCUAUCCCCUGCUGAAGUCUACAGAACUCCACUGUAUGACCUAAAGAUCGACCAGAAGGUGUACGCUGAUCUCUGGAAAACAGGCAUGUUUGAGAGGAUGACUUUGCAAACAGAUGAGGAUGAGCACAGCAUUGAGAUGCACCUGCCUUACACUGCCAAAGCAAUGGAAAGCUUCAAAGAUGAGUUCAGCAUUGUUCCAGUGCUGGUGGGAGCUCUGAGUGAAUCAAAAGAGCAGGAGUAUGGCAAGCUGCUCAGCAAAUACCUUGCUGAUCCCUCCAACCUUUUUAUUAUUUCAUCAGAUUUUUGCCACUGGGGUCAACGGUUCCGUUACACAUACUAUGAUGAAAAUCAGGGAGAAAUCUAUAGAUCCAUUGAACAUCUGGACAAGAUGGGUAUGGGAAUUAUAGAACAGCUGGACCCUGUCUCCUUCAGUAACUACUUGAGGAAAUAUCACAAUACUAUUUGUGGUCGCCACCCCAUUGGAGUUCUACUAAAUGCUGUGGCAGAGCUGAAAAAGAAUGGUCUAGAUAUGAACUUUUCUUUCCUCAAUUAUGCUCAGUCCAGCCAGUGCCGAAACUGGUCAGACAGCUCAGUGAGUUAUGCUGCUGGAGCUCUUGUAGUUCAUUGAGGUGAAUUCACCCAGGAGCAACUUCCAUGGCUUCUUUGAAGACCUCAGAAACUUCCCCAACUACUUUAAGCACCCUCACUCUCUCCACCUUCUAACCCCAUUUCCUUAUUUUCUCCUUGCCUUUUCCAGUGGAAGGACCUUAGAUUUGCUGAGAUGAUCUAUAAAGCAUUAAAUACUAAUUAAAUAUUUUCAACUAUUGCAUCCCCUCACAUUUCUAUGUCCUACUCAACUUGGUAAAUGCUCUAGUUUGAAGUUCAAUUGCAGCCUGUGCUGCUUUGGAUGGUUGUCAGUUUUCAGUUUUUCUUGCAAGCUUUCCAGCAGUGGGUUUUGUAGCAUGAUGGAAAAUGCAAGGACUUGUUAAUUUCUUCAAUAUCUGUAAGAACAUUUGAUUCCAAUAAAGUAAACAAUAUAUGCAUAUUGAUAUUGCCCUCUUUGCAGAUCUGUUAGUGUAACCUACCUAAUAAAAAAUCAUAAUGCUGCAGUAAUGAAAUGGGGGGAAUGAAGUGACAUACUUCUUGUAGGCGCUGAGAAUAGUACUGAUGAGUAAUGCUGCCAUUGUUUAUAUACCUGUUGUCAGUAAAGGGCUACACAGUAUCAAGUCCCCUUUCCCUCUGGAUUACUAUGUCAAAAGUUUUUAUUUUUUACUUCAGUCAAUUAAAAUGUCUUUUUUCUUAUCCUUA